AUGUUUCCCAGCACCUUAUUCAAUAGUUCAAUAUCACACAGGAACCCAUCACAGCUGCGUCUUGGCGACUUGACCGGUAGCGUUACAUUUGAGAAAUUAACAAACUUGGAUUACUCGGGAACAACUUAUUUUUCUAUCUUUAAUGUUUCCCUGUACGAGUGUCAGAGCUGGUGCAAGGAUGAAGUGAACUGCGUGGCCGCUCUCUUUACUUUUGUCGUGAAUCCUUUUGCCCCUGUUCAAGACACUAUGUGCAUCUUACAAAACAAGACUGCAUCUAUUAAACAUUCAGUUUUACCACAGCGCAGAGUGAAUACGUACUAUCUUAACAAAAUCCACAUUAGUUCAGGGAGGUUAUGUAACCGGCUUUGCGCUUUUGAAAGAGUUCCGAAUAAUUUUCUUCGUGGUUUGGACAAAGCUAUUUUCUACACAUCGACUAAGAAUGCUUGCUUAGCAUCGUGUUUGAAUGAGCUUCGGUUUGUGUGUCGUUCUGCAGAGUUUAACUACAUAACCUCAGAGUGUCAUCUCAGCGAGUACGACCGGCGCUCACCAGGUGUCUUCGUAGAGCUGGUGGAGAAACCAGGUGUUGAUUAUUUUGAAAACACGUGUUUGCAACCUGAAGAGAUGUGUCGAGCUACUGGAAGAAGCUACGAGUAUGGCCACUUCAAUCUCCCCCAGUCUUCUGUGGCUAAUUUUAUUAGCCUCUACUAUUAUGCAGACAAAGAAUUAGUGGUGAUGACAGAAGAAAAAUGCCUACAAGCAUGUACUCUGGAGAACGAAUUUCUCUGCCGGUCACUUUUGUACUCACCAGAAGCGAGGUAUAGUCAGUCCAACUGUGCCUUGUUCCACGUGGAUCAUGCCACGUUUCCAAAAGGAAAACACAUGUUUCUCAAUUCCAGUCCGAUCCCCUUACUGGAUCUCGGCGAACGCAGAGGAAAAUAUUUAGAGGCUGUUUGUGGAAAUCCGGAAGAGGCCGAGGAAAUCAAUGGCGUUACUUUCAAAAUUCCUCCUUCAAUUGAUGCUGGAGCUCGGAAGACUUCAAGUUUUCUACUGGCUAAUCCCAGCAGUGGUGAUCUUUCAUGCGAUGAUCAUGGAUUUUGUUAUGACGUAUCACUUGAGUGCAAGGAUACCAAGAUGAUCGUCUUCGUCCGAACUAAUAAGCCAUUUCGUGGACGAAUAUAUGCUUUGGGAAGAAGUAGGACCUGUCAAGCUAAUGUGUACAAUGACAAUCAGUUUGAAUUGGACGUGUCAUUGAAAGGUCAGGAAUGUAACACCCAGUCCUCGGGAGGAGUCUUCACCAACACUAUGGUUCUUCAACAUCAUUCUCUUGUCAUGACCAAAUCAGACAAAGUGUAUAACAUUCGAUGCACCUACGAAGUAUCAUCUAAGAAUGUGUCGUUCGGAAUGAUACCUGUCCGUGAUCCGGUUACGACACAAAUUACUGGUGCACCGGAAGCUCCACUGCCAUCAAUCCACAUUCUGGAUGAAAGUGGUAGAGAAGCAACAACUGUACGAAUUGGUGACAAGCUGACCUUCAGGAUUGAAAUCCCAGAAAACACGCCCUAUGGCAUCUUUGUGAGAAGUUGUACAGCUAUGGCCAAAGAUGGCAAAAGCGUCUUCAAGAUUAUCGACGACAAAGGGUAA